AUGGCGGACGACGAGGGCGGCGGCGUGGAGGAUCGCGGGGUGAGCGCGGAGGAGAUGUUUGUGCCCGCGGGCACCAGCGGCGCGCUCACCGGGGUUCUUGACUCGCACAACCUCCUGGCAAAGAAGCUCUUGGAGCUUCAGCAGGGCUUGGAUGACUUGAGGAAAAACCACGAGGAGCUCUCCAGCGCGGGCGCCCAGCAGCGUGCCGGUGACGAAGAGCGGUGGCAGCAGGAGGCGAAAGCGACAGAGGAGCAGCAGCAGAAAGUCGCUGAGCGCCUGGAGGCACUCGAGGGCCGAGCUGAAGAGCAGGGCAAGUCACAAGCGACCUUGGAGGAGAAGAUGCCCGAGCUCGAGGAUUCGACGCGCAUGCAAAUCCAGUCCCUUCAGCAUUCGAUUGAUGAGAUCAGCAACCACCAGGCGGAGAUGAAGAGCCAGGUGCUGCCACGGUGGGAAGCUGCUCUCUCCUUGCAGAUCAAGAAGCUUGGGGAGGAGGUGACCAGCUUCCAGCAAGGAAUGGAAGAGCGGAUGGCUCAGUUAGAGCAAACCUGCCAGACGCGCCAUGAGGCUCUUUCGGAAGAGUUCCGCGCGGUGGAGCCCCGGCUGACACCGCUGCUGGAUGCCUUGUCACAGCGGCUGGAUGCCACAGAUGAGAACCUGGUGAAGCUCGGGGAGCGUCUGAGUGAGUCAAAGGCGGAGAACGUCUCGAGCCUCCAGGACCUGAGCGCCCAGCUGAAAGCCUCAGCAGAGGCGGCGGAAGCCUUCGCCACCAAACAGGAUGAGUUGGUGGUUGGUGACUUCAAGGAGUGCUUCAAUGAUCGCCUAAAGAAUCUGGAAGGUGCAUUGAAGCAGUCGGAGUACGAACGCCUGAUCUUCCAAGACCGCUUCAAGACGGAGUUGGCGGCCUCCACCGAGCAGCUCCAAGACCUGCACCGCGCGCGCGAGGCGCUGCACGGCGACCUGGCGCAGCUCCGGACCGAGGCGCUGCCGCCGCUGGCGCCGCUGCAGGAGGCGCAGCAGCAGCUCCGGGGCGUCACGGCCAAGUUGGAAGAAGGCCUGGCUGCUUGCCAGACGAAGGCCGUGGAGUUGGCCAAUAGCUUCGCCACAAGUGCGGCCCAGCAGAGUGCGAGUCACGCGGACCUCAAAGGCCGCGUGGAGGCCGAAGUGCAACGGCUCGAAACGUCUGCCCAGGUCGGGACGCAGCAGGUGCUCCAGACGAUCCGCGCGGGCGAAGGCGAACGGCUGAAGCUGCUCGAAGGGCAAGUGGUCGAGGAACGGAGAGAACGGCAGGAGCUGCGUGCGCGGCUGGAGAAGGAGGAGAGGGAGCGUGAGGGAGAGAUCCUCACCUGCCAACGGAUGGCGGAGAAGCGCGCGCAGGAUGUGGAGCUGAUAGCCAAUGCUCGCUUUGAGUCUGUUCGCCAAGCCUUGGAUGAAUUGGUGGUGGAGUUCCAAGGCUUUGUCAAGUCGGAGAACUCGAGGGUCAUGGACGUGAGCCGAUUGGAGGCGCUGGUACGGGCCUUGGAGGUCCGUGUUUGGCCAUGGCGCAAUAGCUCCAAGGAGCGCAGCCCUUCCUCCUCCCCGCGCAGCGGAUGGGAUACCGCGCGUGGAGGAGGGCCUGGUGGCACCGGGGACUGGCAGGAGUGGCUGAAGGUGAAGAAGCCUACGCGGCCACAAGGGCCACAGCCUGGGCGGCCUAGUUGGAGUCAGGAGCCCAUGACGAACCUGGUGGUUGGCCCAACGAAUCCGGUGGGCCCUGCCAUGGCAGCAGCACGCACGGCACGGGUGAACACGCAGGAACCCUUCAACUAA